GCCUCACUCUGGACACAUGCAUGCAGCCACUUGAUAUUGGACAGGACUUGCUGUCGUACGGCGAGGGAAUCUUUAGCAUUGCACCCGCUCAAGGGAAAAAGCCAGUCGGAUUUUCAAGGUUCCCAAAUUGGAAGCCAUGGCUUUCCCCGUACAGUUUCCCACUGGACAGAACACAGUUGAUGAGGCACGACAAGUUGCAUUAUCACCAAGCAUGUAUUUCAAUGCUAGACUGUUCUGCGUGGAUACUCGUUUUGCCAAAGACCAGAGUUAUCUCUUCUUUGCACAGUUUGUCUCUGAAACGCACAUGGCUAGAAAUAGCAUGUCUAUCCAGUUGCGAAAAGGCAAACCUGUUACAAAAGAUGGACGUAGAAUCUCCAACAAGCUUCUUCAGGAUGAUCUUGAGGUCGAAAGACUGGUCCACAGCCGUGACGCCACAAGGUUUAUGCAACCCUUGAGAGGCACUCCAUCUUAUUGGGAGAAAACGUUGAGAGAUCUACAGGCCAUGAUCAGGCAGUUAGGGAAUCCUACUUUUUUUUGCACAUUCAGUGCAGCCGAAAUGCGAUGGCCAGAAGUGAUAACGGCGAUCAAGGCUCAGCAAGGUGAAGAGGUUGUCUUUUCAGAGCUUGACUGGACGACGAAAUGUGAAAUCCUUCGAAGUAACCCCGUCACCGUCAUGCGGAUGUUUGAGAAACGAGUGGAUGCGUUAAUGAAUCAUCUACUUUUGUCACCUGCUCAACCCAUCGGCGAAGUCGAGGAUUACUUUUAUCGCGUCGAGUUUCAAGCCAGAGGAAGCCCACACAUUCAUCUGCUGGCCUGGGUAAAGGGGGCACCUGAAUUCGAAAAUCAGUCUGACCAAGUAGUGUGUGACUUUAUUGACCGUUACAUAACCUGCCAGUUGCCGGACCCUACCACCGAUCCCGAGCUUCAUAAAAUUGUCACCGAAGUUCAACUUCACAGCAGGAAGCACUCCAAAUCUUGCAAGAAAGGAAAUGUGUUGUGUAGAUAUGGGUUCCCUAAACUACCCAUGUCAAGCACCACCAUCACCCGUCCACGACCACAGCGUUCUGAGGAAGAUCAAAACGAAGACCAAAACAACCCAGAGAGAAAGACGGCAAGACAGGAUGCUGUUCGAAAAGCAAUGAACGAAGCCAGGACUAAACUCAAGCCAUUGUGGGAUUUGUUAAACGAUCCCCAGGCCUCCUUUGACAACUUGUCAGAUUUGCUGACCAAAUGUAAUCUGUCCAUGGAUGAUUACUGUAAAUACGCUGAGGCACUGUCCACUUCAAAUGUGAUUUUGCUGAAGCGUGAGCCAAAGGAGGCUUGGGUGAAUGGAUACAACCCAGAUUUGCUGAGGGCAUGGAACGCCAACAUGGACAUACAGUUCGUUCUUGACUCUUUCAGCUGCAUCAUGUAUAUGUUGUCCUACAUUUCAAAGCCAGAACAUGAAAUUAAUGAUUUCCUGAAGUCCGUGAUCAAGGGUGUUCGUGAAACCAACGUAAACGAAGAGGACGAAAUGAAGCAGAUAAUGCAGGCCUACUCCAAACACAGGCAAGUGAGUGCUCAGGAGUCUGUGGCACGAACAUGCAGCUUACCAAUGAAGAAGUGUUCGCGAAGUGUUGUGUUUAUACCGACGGAUGAUGAUGCCCUGAAGAUGAGUUUGCCCCGUAGUGUCCUACACAGCAAAGAUCCUGAUUCAGAGGAUGUCUGGAUGUCAGGUAUGAUAGAUAAAUACAGAGCAAGGCCUCAAACACUGGAGUUUGAAAUGAUGUGCCUUGCAGACUUUGUGUCGAAUUACCGUGUUGUGUAUGGUCGGCAAACUAAAGGAAAGAAUGUCCUCCCACUCCUCAACGAUAUGGGAUUCAUUCAGAAGAGAACUGUUGGUAAGGCUGCAAUUAUCAGGUAUGCUCGGUUUUCGGAGGAGAAGCAACCGGAGAAGUUUUGCGGAACAUUGGUAAAACUUUACGUGCCACAUCGUUUCAACGAACAGCUGAAACCUCAACGGUAUCCAACAUAUCAGGAGUUUUACAAAAAUGCAUUUGUGGAACUCCCGGCACACCCUGGGCUCCUAAUGCCUGUCCUUGGCUUAGUUAAAGCACAACAGCAGAAGUUUGAAAAACACAGCAAAAAAGUGGACGAAGCAUUUGAACAGCUGCAGCGGGAAGGACCAUCUGAGAAUGCUUGGUCUGCUUUUGCACCUGAAAUUGACGUUGAUCGCAUGGAGUGCAUUGCAGAACAACAAGAUGUCGAUCCAGAAGAAGAUGAACAGGAUGAUGUUCCGGAAUACCAGAUUCUUCGUGAAGAUGGAGACGGAGUCGUACCACAGAUAGAGGCACCACAGAUGACUAAUGAAUUUCUGAGGAAGAUGUUUAGGAGUCUAAAUGAGACGCAGGCAGCAAUUUUUUACACUGUCCGUCAGUGGUGUCAGAAGCGUGUGUGGGGUCACAAUCCGGAGCAGUUUUUUUACUUUUUGUCAGGCGGUGCUGGCUGUGGGAAAUCACACGUCAUCAAGUGCAUACACUCGGAAGCAACCAAGAUUCUGCGACAACUGCCUCGACUCCGGGAAGAAGGGGAUCUCUCCGUGCCCACAGUGCUGUUGUCUGCGUUUACUGGAACGGCAGCAUUCAACAUCUCUGGUAAAACGCUGCAUUCCCUUUUAAAACUGCCAAGGAGUCUUAAGCCACCUUAUCAGGGACUUGGGAACGCCCUAGAUGAAGUGAGAGCAGGAUUACGUGACGUGGAGAUUCUUAUCAUCGACGAAAUAUCCAUGGUUUCAAAGGACCUGUUUACUUACGUAAACUGGAGAUUUCAGCAGAUCAAAGGCAGCAAGAAACCUUUUGGAGGAAUAUCUUGCCUCGUCGUAGGGGAUUAUUAUCAACUGCCACCGCUUGGUAAAGCUAAACCACUCUGUGUGUAUGAAGAGGAUGUGCUGGACUUCUGGAAGGACCACUUUCAAAUCAUCACCCUCACAGAGAUCAUGCGCCAGAAAGAAGACUUCGCUUUCGCUGAACUGCUGAACCGACUACGAGUGAAGCAGAAGACUGAAGCUCUCAGGGAAGAUGAUAGAGCUUUGUUAUUCCAGGCUGUGAAGAAGCCAGAAGAUUGCCCGCGUGAUGCUCUGCAUAUAUUCGCCACUAACAAAGAAGUUGGUAAGUACAAUACCGAGACUGUACAGGCCCUUUUCACUGACAUCAUAACAAUUGAUGCCGAAGAUUACAGGAAGGACCCAAAAACAGGAAGGAUGAAGAGACUAAACAAACCUGCCACUGGAAAAAAGGAUGACUUGCUUGACACAAUGCAAGUUGCAGUGGGAGUUCGUGUGAUGGUAACCAGGAAUCUGGAUGUAGAAGAUGGAAUUGUCAAUGGAUGUUUUGGUACGAUUGCAAACAUUGUCACCAAAACAAAAGAUGGAAUCGCCACAGUACAAAUGCUAGGACUUCAACUCGACAAUCCGAACGCCGGUCAGAAACAUCGCAAGAAGGUACGAGGUGAAGAAGACGUCUUGGUUUACAUUGAGAGAUCUGAAGAAAGUCUGAGGAAAGGGGCCGUUCGUCGACAAUUUCCCAUCAAGCUAGCUUACGCCUGUACAGCCCACAAAGUUCAAGGCAUGACGAUGCACUCUGCAGUAGUGUCAUUGAAGAAGAUUUUUGAGCCGGGAAUGGCCUACGUUGCCCUCAGCAGAACGACUUCUCUACAAGGAUUACACAUUACGGAUUUCGACGACAAGAAGAUAUAUGCUGAUCCAGAAAUCACAGCCUCUUUGCAAAGCAUGAGAAGAGCAAGAGUCGAAGAUAUCACGCCACUUCUGCAGCACGUGAAGGAAAAUAGGCAGGAACAGACACUCACCAUCAUUCAUCACAACACGGAAGGACUGGCAUCUCACAUGGAGGAUAUCAGAUGCCAUCAUGAGCUACAACUCGCCGAUGUUCUGUGUCUAACGGAAACGCACCUGACCGGAUCGUGUACUUCAGAUCUCCAGUUGAAAGGAUACAACUUGUUCACACGCAACAGGCAUGUCUCCUACUCAACACAUCAAGAACUUGGAAACAAAAAUGGAGGUGGAGUCGCAAUAUAUUGCAAGGAGCACAUUCCAGCUCAGCCCAGGCAAUAUAUACAAAAUGUGACUGAUCUGGAGUUUGUUGUAAUCAAAUUAGAUUCCCCAAUAAAAGCAGCAGUCGUAGCUGUGUAUAGGCCACCACAAUAUAAUAUUGGAGAUUUCUUGACCAACCUGAAGAGUAUGCUGGAUUAUCUGGACCUCGCACACAACGAUCUCGUCAUCAUCUGUGGAGACUUCAAUGAGGACCUCCUACACCCUGGAAAAAAACCAAUUCUGGAGUUGUUUCAAGCUCGAGGAUACACGCAACUGAUUACAACAGCGACAACGGAAAAGCACACACUACUUGACCACAUCUACAUUUCAAAUCCGGACCUCUGCCAUCAAUCGGGUGUGUUACAGAGCUACCACAGUUACCACAAUCCUGUGUACUGUGUAUUGCGUUUUACGUAGGUGAUUUGGCUGGUAUGGAUGUUUUGGUGUUGUACCAUGCUGAACCUGGGGCCACUGAACCUGCAUUAACGACGACAGUGGGGCUAGAGCAGCCUUAGUCCCUGGGUUGGCUGGUAUGGAUGUGUUUUGGUGUUGUACCAUACAGAACCUGGGGCCACUGAACCUGCAUUAACGACGACAGUGGGGCUAGAGGAGCCUUAGUCCCUGGGUUGGCUGGUAUGGAUGUUUUUUGGUGUUGUACCAUACAGAACCUGGGGCCACUGAACCUGCAUUAACGACGACAGUGGGGCUAGAGGAGCCUUAGUCCCCGGGUUGCCUGGUAUGGAUGUGUUUUGGUGUUGUACCAUACAGAACCUGGGGCCACUGAACCUGCAUUAACGACGACAGUGGGGCUAGAGGGGCCUUAGUCCCCGGGUUGGCUGGUAUGGAUGUGUUUUGGUGUUGUACCAUACAGAACCUGGGGCCACUGAACCUGCAUUAACGACGACAGUGGGGCUAGAGGAGCCUUAGUCCCCGGGUUGGCUGGUAUGGAUGUGUUUUGGUGUUGUACCAUACAGAACCUGGGGCCACUGAACCUGCAUUAACGACGACAGUGGGGCUAGAGGAGCCUUAGUCCCCGGGUUGGCUGGUAUGGAUGUGUUUUGGUGUUGUACCAUACAGAACCUGGGGCCACUGAACCUGCAUUAACGACGACAGUGGGGCUAGAGGAGCCUUAGUCCCCGGGUUGGCUGGUAUGGAUGUGUUUUGGUGUUGUACCAUACGGUACCUGGGGCCACUGAACCUGCAUUAACGACGACAGUGGAGGCGUUGACAGCCUUGGCCAACAGGUUGGCAUGUACGGUCAUGUUGCGGUUAGAUUGUGGUGUCUGUGGUCAUAUAAAGGUGUUAUGCCAUUGAGCUCUCUAGAGAGUGUAGCAGGAAGGACGAAGGAGUAGUGUGGCAUCUCCAGGGAGGACACUAGGAAGGCAGCAGCAGCAGCAUACAGGACACAGUGAGGAUUAGUGUUGCAGCUCCAGGGAGGACACAGACAGUGAGAGCAACAGCAGCAUUGCAGGAAGAUUUUGGAGACAAUAGCAGUCCUCUCCAACACUGGAUAUGAGUGUGCAAUAUACUAUCUAAAGCUAAGUGUUAAAAGAUGUCACUUCAGUCACUGUACUUCUGCACAUGAUAACCACAUUUAAAGGAAUAUUGUAAUCUAAUUCUGAUUUUGAUGUUUUUCAGGAACCGGCAAGUCUGAGAAGAUCAAGUGUGCUACAACACUGAUGGUGAUGGGCUGGAUACCAGUUUGUGCGCUAAUUUCUUUCAAGGACGGGACCAGAUGUGUUUGGAGUUGAGGACAAUGCUGAAGACUAAAAAAGCAACGGAAGAAGCACAUUAAAGCACUGAGGGUGUCCAGCCUGUUUGGCAUGUCAGAUCCAGCGGCUAGAUGGCGGGAGAUGCUUCAUCAUACCCCUGAUUGCAUUGAAUCAUUUUAUUAAUCAAUUAAUCAAUCAAUGGUCAAUUAAUUAAUUUUAAUAUAUUUAUUUAAUAUAUUUUAAUAUAUAAAUUAUCUUAUUAUCAUAUUAAAUAAUUGGUCUCAAUUUAAUAUUUCAUAUAUUAGCUUAAAUAAGAAUGUUAUUAUAAUGUGUACGCCAUGCCAGAGGAGGAUGGGAUCCCCCUGAUGAGUCUGGUUCCUCUCAAGGUUUUUUAUCUCCUUAAGAGUUUUUUCCUUGCCACUGUCGCCACUGGCUUGCUCACUGGGGGUGUUGUGUCAAAUCCUUUGUGCCUCUCGGGUCCCUGCCGACCAGGGUUUCCAAAACAAUAGUUUGUGAGUCAAUUAAUAUAUUUUUUUUAUUAAUUAAAUCAUAGAAACAAGGCUCCACAAUUAAUUUGAAAUAAAAGUGAAAUCAUGUUAUGGCUUAGUCACUUACGAUAAAGCAGUAAGCCCUGUGACGCCAUGAUUUACAGUGCUUUCAGAACUGCUAAGGGGUGUUGUUAAAAGCCUCUCUGGUUUUCUGAAAUCACAGGGCUUAUGGGCUUAUGCCUUUUAUAAAUACUUGUGCAGUAAUAGACGGAAUCAUGGACAUUAAUUGAGUAUUUUACAAUGGCUUUGAAUGCAACAUGCACAAGGUUCACUUUAUUUAUACAAUAGUUCAAACACUUUCACCAGUAUUCUGCCAAAAUAGAAACUUGAAGGAUUUCAAACAAAAAUUAGUAUUGUGUAAAACAAGUUAAGAUAUAUAAUUUUCUCGUAGUACAAUUUUAUUAUUGCAACAGUAAAGUAUGUGAAAGUGAAGAAAUUAAAA